AUGCAGAACGUGGCGUGGCAACGUGGCGUUAUACUGGCUCUACGUGGCGUCGCUGGGCCACCUGGCGUCACCGGACGUGGCGUCAAAACGUGGCGUCAUUGCCUCAUGUGGCGUCACGGAGACACGUGGUGUCGCAGAACCUGGCGUCAGAACGUAGCGUCACAGACUCACGUGGCGUCACUGAUGAGCCACCUGGCGGCGCCGGAUCGGGUGUCAGAACGUGGCUACGUGGCGUCAGAAGCUUACGUGGCGUCAGGACCCCACGUGUCGUCAAGCCAGGCGUCACGCACAGACGUGGCGUCACUGGACGUGGCGUCAGUACGUGGAAUGGAAAGAAGUUUGAAGGAAGGCUCUAAAGGCAUGAUGACGCAUGACGCAGAUUGCUCAGUUGGUCGAAGGUAUCGUGUUCCCAUUAAGCAAGAGAUAGACGAGAAUGACACGGGCCACUACGAAGGAAGAAUUAUAGACAAACGAAUCGGCGGCCAGGACCGGGAGUCCUUCAUAGAGCUCAAGGACGUUUUGAAGGUGGACAUCGAUGGAAACAUCAUCGGCAAAGAGAAGAACAAGCGACUCAUCGAUGCUUUCAUUGAAGAUUGCAAGGUAAUCGACAAGCGAGACGAGUCAUGGGACAGCAUCAAGCUGCAGAGUGAGGUAGAAGCUGCCAAGCUGCAACCCCCGGUGAUCAAUCAGGCCAGCAAUGAAGAUGAUGGCGAAGCAAUGCCCAUGAUGGGCAUGAUGCCUGGAAUGAUGAUGAUGCAGAACAUGAUGCAAGGUGGGGCCGAGAGCAGACAUGACCACUGUGCUGGUUUCGAAGUCAAUGCGGAAUGGGCUGUGGUGGCUGUAUGGGCAAGGCUGGAUGCGGCCCUGGAUCCUGUUCGGGCAAUUCAUGCCCCAGUAGCGCCUCGCCUGCUUGUCCGGGUGGUGCCUGCCCGAGCGCGUGCCCGAGCGGCGCCUGUCCCGGCACUGCCUGUCCCGGCGCUGGCGGAGCUGGCCCCGGCCCGGGCGCUGGUCCCGCCUGUCCCAGCGCGUGCCCCAGCGCGUGCCCCGGCGCGUGUCCCGGCGCAUGCCCCGGCGCAUGCCCCGGCGCGUGUCCCGGAGCGUGUGUCGGCGCGUGUCCCGGCGCGUGUCCCACUGCGUGCCCCAGCGCGUGCACCGGCGCAUGUCCCGGAGCGUGUGCGGGUGCAUGUGCGUGCGCAUGUCCUGGAGCGUGUGCCUGCCCGACUUCGUGCCCCGGCUGCCCUGGCUGCCCGGGCUGCCCUGGCUGUUCUGGCUGCCCUGGCUGCCCUGGAUGCGCUGGCUGCCCUGGCUGCCCUGGCUGUGGUUGUGGGUGUGGCUGCCCAGGUUGCGGUUGUGGAGGGUGUGGUUGUGGCUGUUGCGGCUGCGGCUGUGGCUGCAACCCUGCCGGCUGUUGUUGUGGGGGGUGCCCGGGGUGUGGUUGUUGCGGCUGCUGCCCUGGUUGCUGUGGUGGUUGUGGCACGAUGGCAGGUGCAAUGUGUGGAGGGCAAGGCAUGGGCUGCGGCAACAUGGCGCCUGGCAGCAUGGGCAGCAUGA